AUGGGGCACAAGGGACCUGGGAUAUGGGGUUUGGGAAUGCGGGAUGUGGGGUUUGGGAAUGUCAGCAGGAAGCUCAUCAUCCACAAGCUGUUCUUCGACGUGGCCGCCGAGGAGCGCGCCGCGCCCGACGCCGAGAGCCUCCAGAACGAGCUGGACAAGACCAAGGCUCAGCUCGCCCUGAGAGAGAAAGAGAAGCGGGAAUGCCAAGACCUCGUGGACGGGCUAAGGGACACCCUGGACGUGCGCAAUGCCACCAUAGAGUCGCUGCAGAAGGUGCUGGCCGAGACGGAGAUGCUCUGUUCCUCCCUCAAGAAGCAGAUGAAAUUCCUGGAGCAGCAGCAGGAGGACACCCGAAGCUCCAAGGAAGAGGCCCGGCGCCUGCGGAACAAGCUGCGGAGCAUGGAGCGGAUCGAAGCGCUGCUUCAGGGCCAGCGGCCCGAGGUGGAGGAGAUGAUCCGCGACAUGGGCGUGGGGCAGGCGGCCGUGGAGCAGCUGGCCGUCUACUGCGUCUCCCUGAAAAAGGAAUAUGAAAACCUGAAGGAGGCCCGGAAGACGUCCAGCGAGGCAGCGGAGAAGCUGAAAAAGGAAGUGUUCUCUGUCGGCAGCAAGCUGCAGAAAACGCUCUCGGAGCUGGAGAAGACAAAGGAGGAGCUAAAAAGCACCCAGAAGGAUCUGAAGAAUGCGGAUAAGGAGAUCCUGAGCUUGAAGAAGAAGAUAGAAAUCCUGCAGGAUACUCUGAAAGUGCCCUCUGUCACCAGAGAGACCCUGAGCAGACUGGUCUUUGAAAGCCCCGCGCCCGUGGAGCUGCGGCAGCCGAAGCUCCACCGCCCGGCCCACAGCGAGGAGAUCGAUCUGGAUGCCACGUUCGAUGUGGGCACCCCUGAGCCUCAGCCCUGCCGAUCCCUUCCCAGCCCAGCGAAAAGACAGAAGCUGGAGAAAAAGCCGCCUCCUGUGGUAAAUCUGUCCAAGAAAAUUCUGAAGGAAACAGUGGAGAACUGGGCGGACGACUUGGAGGACGAGGCCCUGCAGGGGCUGCUGCCGGCCUUCGUCCGGAACUCGGUCCUCUCCAAGAAGGCGCCCUCGGGCAGCCUGCUGCCUCCCCGCAAGCACGUGGGCGCUGUGAGGGUGGGCUACGACGGCCUGGGAGGCAGAACCAAGUUCAUACAGCCCACCAACCUCACGGAAAUCCGCCCGGCGGCCGUGAGGAGCAAGAGGAAGAACGUGUCCAGGCCGGCACCCGCCUCCAGCAGCAGCCAGCCCAAACUGGAUGCCUUCCUGCAGUGAGAGGCCACGUCCUUCCCGCGGGAGGCCACGGGAGCUGCUCAGCAAGGGGGCAUGGGGCUGGACACGAAGCCCCCGUGCUGCCCAGUGAGUGGACAGGCUGCCCUGGGGAGAACCCCCGCGAGAGCCAGGCUCUGGUUAGUGUUAGGACUGAUUUCAUGCCUCUCCUUACCCGAGCGUGUUUCUUCCCUGGGGUUUUUCUCACCGUGUGGCCUGCUCAAAGCUCCCCUGUUGCUGCUGCUGUUGGGCGCUGCUUGAGUGCAGUGGCAGGGAAGGCUCCCGACGUGUCCGUCUGGAGCCUCCAAUGCAGCAUUUAGGAGCUGGGAGCAGAGAGGAGACACCCUGACCCGCGCUCUGCCUGCUGUGGAUGAUUCCAAGACGAGACUUCCCACAGGAAAAACAGUUCUCCGCUUUUCCCUAAGUUGCUCCUCCUAAAUGAAUCACACUCCAGAAGAGCAGUCUGCUCCUCUCCCCACAUCAGCCUGGAUGCCUUUGGAGGAGGCUGGGGACGGCUCUGGGAGGAGGUGGCAUUCGCUGCCCUCUUCCAAACGAGGCUUUUCCACCAGGAACAGCAGUCCCGCUCCGUAUUGUACAUUUGUUGGCAAAUUAAUUGCCUUCCCUCUGCUGCAGCCUGGGCGUGGGGAGCCCCGCGGCUCCUCCUCGCCCUGCUCUGGGAUGUGGGAGUCUCCCGUGUUCUUCCAGACUUGGGGCUUUGUGCACUGGGGUGAUCCCCGCUGCCUCCUUCGGAAGUGGGAACAUCGGUGUGCUGUUGUGAGCCCUGUUUUUGUAGGAUUUCUAGUUUUAAGUGUGAGUUUCUUCUCUUGGAACCAGCCUGCCGAGUGAUUUCAGGGUUAGAAAAACAUCAGCCUGAUGCUUUUGAGCUUCAGGCUGAGGCUGAGAGGGCUGAGGCUGGACCUGUCUCAUGUUCCCCAGCUCCCCUCUCGCCCUGUGGCUCUAGGAGCCACAGCCCUUGGAUCUGGGCUUGGAAGUGACCGAGGUGCCAUGCUAGGA